UUCACAAACACGUGUGUUUUGCAGAAGCGUGGUUCACUAGUUUUCGUGUCGUGCUAUUGAUUAGUAAGGGUUUUUUAAUAUUAGGAAAUACAAAAUUAAUAAAAAAGAAAUGAAGCAAAAGAAGGGAGAUAUUAGCAUAAAAUCACCGCUAAACGGUGUAAAGAAGCAAAAGAAUGGGGAAUUCAGUACACCUGCGAAGGGAACCCCGGCUAAGACUCCUCAAAAGAAAACGGGCAAAACUCCUGUAAAGGUAUUACCUCCAAAGAAAGUUGAGGAGGAAGAGGAAGAUGACUCUGAAGAGGAAGAAGACUCUGGUGCAGACGUCGCAGCAGGCCUGGGUAAUGAAGAGGAAGAUUCGGACGAAGAAGAACAGGAAGAAGGGGACUCCGAUGAAGAAGAAGAUGAUGAAAACUCAGAUUUAUUGGAUAACGAAGCUGAAGAUGAUGAUGAUGAUGAAGACGAUGACGAUGACGAUGACGACGAUCAAGAUGAAGAUGAGGAGGACGAAGAACCAGUGGAAGCACCCAUUGAAAAAAAUGCGCCUGUUACUCCAGCCAAGACUACUAAGGCUAAAAAGGCAAAGGUUGAAGACGAUACUGGUGUACCAAAAAUUAAAACGGGUGCACUUCCUAAAACUUUUCCAAAAGAUCAAGUACUUGUGGUGAAAAACCUUCCUAAGGCAUACAAACAAAUUGAUCUCGUUGAAGUUUUUGCAAAGUUCGGAACUUUACAUACCAUUCACAGCAAUCAUGGGCCUGUCAGUAGCAUUGCAUACAUUGCAUAUACAUCGCCUGAAGAAGCGGAAGCUGCGCAAGAAGCAACCAACAAUAAGGCUAAAGUAAAAGGUGCGGUCUUAAAAGUGAAAAUUCAAGUACCAAAUCCAAAAAAACUAAAGAAGGCUGAAAACAAACAAAAAUCUUCCGAAGAUAAAAAACUUAGUGUGUUUAUUAAGAAUUUGAAGAAAGAUACUACCGAAGAUCAAGUCAAGGAACAUUUUAGCAGUUGCGGUGAAAUCGAAAGUGCUAAAUUAUAUCCACGUGUGACAUACUGUAAUGGCUAUGUAAACUUCAAAGAGGAAUCUGCGGUAAAUGCAGCUCUUAAUUUACAUAAUUCAAUUCUUAACGGAGUGAACAUUUGGGUACUUAGACCUGCUAAGCAUACGGAAGAAACAAAAGAUCCGCAACGCACAGUUCUUAUUAAAAAUAAUCAGGACUUAUCAUGCUUAGAACCGUCGAAAUUGGAGUCAAUCUUUUCAAAAUGUGGAGAAAUAGAAAGCUAUUCUAUAUUGUGCAAGAAAAACGUUUUGGCAUUUGUGACUUUCAAGGACCCAAAAGGAGCUAGGAACGCCUUAAAAUUGAAUGGUACAACAGUGGGAGGUUUUGAUUUAGAACUUGAAGAAUACAAAACGAUUACCCCCAAAAUUAAAACAUCAGUCUAUGUGCAGAAUGUAAAGCCUGGUGUAACUGAGGAAGAAAUUCGCGAACUAUUCGCCGCAACCGGGCCUAUUGAGAAAGUAACUGUUUGUACCAACUUUGCAUUUGUUCAAUUCGCGGAUGUUGACAGUUUUUGCAAAGCUUUCCUCCUAAACGAGUCAUUUUUACGUGGGCAGAUGAUCUUUUUGGAGCCAUAUUCGUCAAGAAAACAGGCUAUAAUCAAAGCCAAUCAGAAAAAGCAAGCUUUCAGUAGAAAGAGACCGGCUCAGCACAGCGCAGGUGGAUUUGCUAAAAAGGUCAAGUCUAACUAAAUUGUUUUAAAAAUGGAAAUAAAGCAUGCUGCUGCAUGUAUUUUUAAUUUCUUUAACAUAAAAU